AUGGCCGACAUUCAGCCAUUCACGAUCUCUUUGCCGGAGAGUUUGCUGGAGCAAACCAAAGCUAAGUUGAAACUGGCUCGGGUCGACGAGGGCAUGGGCUCUGUAGAGUGGAAUGAGCUCGAGAUUGGACACCAGUCUUUCAAAGACGUCGUUGAGUUUUGGCGCGACGAGUAUGACUGGAGGAAGUUCGAGACACACUUGAACAACAACUUCCACCACUUCAGAACACCAAUCAGUGUCAGAGGAUUCGAGCCCCUGGACAUUCAUUUCCUCCACCAUAAAUCGCCACGUCCAGGUGCUAUCCCCUUAAUAUUCGUUCACGGAUGGCCUGGAUCCUUUCUCGAGUCGCUCAAAGUGAUUCCUCUAUUAACUGAACCUUCUUCGGAUCAGCAAGCCUUCCAUGUCGUAGCCCCAUCAAUCCCCGGUUACGGCUUCAGCCAAUACUCCAAGAAGAAAGGAUUCGGUUUGGAACAACAUGCGGCAUGCUUUGCCCAACUUAUGCAGAAGCUCGGCUAUAAUAAAUACGUUUGCCAGGGCGGAGAUUGGGGCUCCUCCAUUGUUCGCUACAUGGCGCUGGAUCACCCUGAAGCUGUCAUCGCGAUACAUAUCAACAUGUUCCUCGCAUUGCCUCCAAACGCUAAAAAGUCACCUGAAAAGUUCGCCAGAUAUCAGAAAAACGAUUACAGCGAGCAGGAAUUGAAAAAUCUUGAUCGGACAAACUGGUUUGCGACUGCAGAACGAGCCUACCAGCGCGUUCAGGAAACCAAAUGUGUAACCUUUGGAUAUGCCUUGCACGAUUCUCCCAUUGGUAUGCUGGCUUGGUUCGUAGGUAAGUUGAAGGCUUGGACUGAUAAUUAUCCAUGGACCAAGGAAGAACUCAUCCACUGGGCCUUCAUACAUUAUCAAGGGAGCCCCAGCGCUGCCAUGCAAAUUUAUGAAGAGUCAGAAUCUGUUCUGAAUGAGAACCGCAACAGCAUGCUCGGGAGAUACAUAUCUCAGCCUGUUGGUGGAUCUCUGUUCCCUAAAGAACUCUGGCUCUAUCCCCGUGAUUGGCUAGAAGAGACAUGUAACAUCCGGUUCUGGAAGCAGCAUCAAAAGGGUGGUCAUUUCAUCGCUUGGGAAAGGCCCGACGCGCUCGUCGCAGAUGUCGCAGAGUUUUAUGGUAAAUCGGGACCAGUCUUUGGUGUUGCAUCUUGCAGUCUGUAG